AUGAGCAUGACCGGCAUCUCUGCGCCGCGAAAAGUGCGGAAGGGCACACGUUCGUGUAUCGAGUGCCGACGGCGCAAGCUGCGAUGCUCCUGGACAUCGGACAGCGCUCGGGUGUGUCGAAGAUGUGAAGAGAGGAGCCUCCAAUGUGUCCCUCAGACCCUAUCGUCUCCAUCGUCGUCCCAGCCACCACAGUCAACGCGAGAGCGGGUGCAGUGGUUGGAACAACAGGUUGCCGGAUUAUCAAAGUCUGUUCAAGCCUUAGAGGAGAAACAAAAUGGGCCCCCUCAGCUAUCAAACGAAGUCUCACCGGCUUCUAUAUCCUAUGGAGAUGCCGUUGGUUCCGAUAUGUCAGAGUCUGAAGCUUCUAUCCCUGAUGCCGCAAUAUCCACGCAGCCAACGUAUCUCGGCGCCCUGUUCAACAAUAGCCUCAUCAGUUCAGUGAAUGAAAUCAACGAUGACCCCGGACGCAACCAGCCUCCAUCACAAUUGGCUGAUACGGCUCGGGCUUUGCUGAGGCCACUGAUACCUAGGAAGGAGGACCUUGCCGUCAUAGCAAGCCGAGCCACCGGAUGGCUCACGGUGCUAAACGACAUCUUACCCAUCGACUCUGCUGUCAAAUCUGGCGACGAGAUGCUGGCGCGGUAUGACGAAGUCAAUAGAGUGACGGCUGACCCUUUUACCCUGGCAUCCUGGCUCAUGAUGGUUGCGCUGUCCGCCGAGCACAACCCCAGCAUUGUUUUACGCACAGGAUUACCAGGCAACGGAUGCCGGGCUGGCUCGGAGUACUCUCGCCCGGUAGUGGAUGCCGUAGAGAGGGCGAUUAUUUCCUGUGACCGGUUGAUGACCACCGUCGAAGGCAUCGAGGUGGCAAUCCUCCUCGUCCGACUGCACAUGACGCGCGGGAACUUCAAGAAGGGAUUCCUGACGCUGCGGCGAGCGCUUGCGGUGGCAGAGCUGCUGGGCCUACCGCGCAUGGUGAACGGACCAAAGGCAGCACUGUGGCGCUUCUUGUGCAUCGCGGAGCGGUUUCAGAGCAUGGUCCUGGCCUUCCCGUCCGCCACUCGCUACUAUGGCGUCCAGAAGUCGGCGACGCUGUUCGACGACGGCGGACACCUCGUGCCGAGGGAAUUCCUCUUUAGAUUGUCGGAUAUCGCGGUCAACCUUGGGGGGCCGGGGGACCUACACAACAACUCCCCGUCUUUGGAAGAGCUGCAAAACACAGUUGAGAAGCUUGACCGAGAUAUCCUUGCUCUGGCAGCCCUGGCACCACCGACCUGGUGGACCGGGACGCGGUAUCUCACUCCGCCCGAACGGUUUAUGCAGUAUCUCUACUACUAUAUCAGGAUACGGAUCCACCUACCGUUGGUGCUUCUGCGAAACACAUCCGAACAGUCAAGACAGAGCCAGUCCAUGUGUAUAGAAAACUGCCGAGCCCUCCUGGAGGCGUACCUGGGGCUGUACACGCUGUUGCCGGAGGGCAACUUCAUCCACUGGGUCAUGAACUUGCAGACGUACACUGCAUCCGUGGUCCUCGUGCUCGCGAACCACGCCGCAUUCUCCUCCGACAGCGAGCAGAGAGUCUCGGGAGGACCGCAGCCACCCGCCGACAGGGACCUCUUAGCUCGGGUGCUCAACGCCAUGGAACAGAACCUGUCCGAGUCGGGGCCCGACAUAUCCAAGCAGGCAAUCACCAGCAUCAGGGCGCUCACGCAGCUACUGGAAAAGGGGGAUGCGGCCUCGGACCUGGGAGACAUGAUGCUCAGCGUGCCCCUGUUAGGCAAACUUCACGUUCGGCGCAAGAGGGCUAGUGAAAGCCAGGGGAUACCGGAAGAAGCUAUACAAGGGAAUCCUGCGUUGUCUCUCCCAGACGAUGUUUUCCAGGACUUCGAAACAGCUCCUUUCUCUUGGUCGGUCGAGGAAGCCUACGACCUAUUCUUUUAUGAGCCCACUCAGUUUUGA